GCUCGUUGAAAUUGAGCACAAGCUCCUUGUUCUGGUUCACGAAAGUAAAUGUACACUGUACAUGUACUACUAGCCUGCCAUAAGUGCAAGAUGUGCAUGUAUGCAAGGAACUUCCUGAAAUCAACCAAUCUAAUUCACCAAAUGCUGGGACUCAACUGAUGUCGUUUCUCAAAUAUAUAAAAGGAACUGGAAUGUUUCAAUUAAAAUAGCCGUCGUUGGACACAUCAAUCAUUUCUUUGUGAGUACAAUACUGUACAUGUAGACAAGUUGCAGAGUCCCAUCAUGCUAGUAUUAACUGAGGCCCGUAGUAGCAGCACAGGGGACGCCGUUGAUUUUCACCACUCAUCGCACUCGGCUGCGCUGCUGGCUGCGCUGCAAGAAUUACGGUUAGACCGGCAAUUUGCCGACGUGAUCCUGCAUGUUGAGGAUAAGGACUUUUACUGCCACAGGAAUGUACUGACAGCCUCCAGUGCCUACUUCAGGAGCAUGUUUCUCAACAACAUGAAGGAGAGUCGGGAGAGUAGAGUUGUUAUCAAGGGAGUGACUUCAACUAGCAUGGAGCUGGUCCUGGAUUACGUGUAUACAUCGAGAGUGACCAUCACGACCGGAAACGUGCAGGGCCUGCUGAGUGCUGCAGACCUUCUCCAGGUUGUCCCUGUGCAGAGGGCGUGCGAGUUGUUUCUGUGGAGUCACAUCCACACCACCAACUGCCUAGGGGUAUACCUACUGGCUGAGCAGCAUUCCUGCAAGGAGCUCUCGCAUAAGGCGUGGUCGUAUGCCCUGGAAAAUUUCCCCCGGGUCUGCUGCCAUGGGGAGAUUUUGAAACAGUCCGCCGCAACCUUGGUCAAGUAUUUGUCCAGCGACGAACUUGUAGUUGAGUCGGAAGAGGACGUUUGUGAAACCAUCUUGAAAUGGACGCUAACCAACCUGGGGCAGCGGCGUCGCCACUUACACGUCUUGCUCGCCCUCCUCCGUACCCACCUCCUGCCUCGGAAAUACCUCACUGAGAGAGUCCUCACAAAUGAACUCAUUACUGGAAGUAUCGAUGCAAACAAACUAUUAAGUUCGUCAUAUGGAGGUAGUGAAAUUUUCAUCUCGAGUAGGCUGGGUGAAAGGCGAACUCGUUCGCGUAAAGUCAUCGUCGUGGUGGGGGGUGUGGGACCUGCCAACACUAAGCUGAGAGACUUGAAGUACUACGACCCUGUUGACCGACGAUGGGGCACACUGACCCAACUCCCGGCCAUGGCAGAGUCUGUGAGCGGCGUUGAGGUAGUAGACAGCAAUAUCUAUGUUGUGGGCUUCAGAGGUGAAGUAUCAGUAUUCAGGACUGCAAGCAGCCGGUGGGAAACCCUGUCAUCCUCGGCGGUAGAAGCGGGCUCCAGACAGAGGCGAGCAGCUGCAGUGCUGAGUGGCUUCAUAUACCUUGUCGGCGGUUAUGACGGAGCAAUCAGGCUAUCAAGAGUUGACAGGUUCGACACGAGGACGAAAGUGUGGGAAGAGGUAGCUCCUCUGUCUGAGGCUGUAAGCUCUCCUGCUGCCGUCUCACACGAUGGGAAGGUCUACGUCUUCGGCGGUGCUCUCUCCGACGAGAUUGCCACCGACAAAGUUCGCUGCUAUGACCCGAAAUUCAACCGUUGGCUCACCUGCGCGCCGAUGCCGCACGCUCUGUCGGGGAUUGCGGCCCGUGUCAUGGGGGACAAGAUCUACAUCGUGGGGUGCCUGUCCCAGACUGUGCACCGCUACGACCCAGCCACAGACACCUGGGGACAGGUGACAAGUAUGCGGUGCACAAGGGCUUUGUGCUCGGCUGCUGUCUGCGAUGACAAGUUAUACGUGAACGGAGGUGAAGACCAACCCAACAGCCUGACGGAUACCAUGGAGCAGUAUGACCCCAUCUCUAAUCGGUGGACACCAUGCUACAGUCUACCCUAUCCGGUCAAGCUUCACAACUGUGUCACUCUGAUAAAGAGAAUUUGACAAAGUAACAUGAAAUAAGUUCAAGUCCUUUACUUCAGGAUUAAAAACAAAAACUGAUAUCUAAUUUUUUCUUUUCCAUUUUCAAAUUCAAAAGCAACAUGUCUGACAAAGUAGUGUCUGAAGAUUUCCAGAAAUCCUGUUUGGUUACAAACCCUACCUUUGGUUCAACUGGAGUUAUUAGUGAUCCUGUACUUUUGCUGUACAGUGUACAAACCUGUUGAUGAUCAUUGGCAUUUCCAUCGAGGAACAAGAAGUUGAGUAUUCUCCAUAUAAAUUGGGUGCAGUUUUGCAAGAGUUAUCAUAUGGUAAUGUUUAUGUUUGAAACGUCGUCCAGGCCAUUGACAUCAUUUCAGGAAUGGUUAAAGUUAUUAUGAACGUACAUGCCUUUUGUCACUGUGGGCAUUGUGCUUGGAAGUGAACAUUUGAAAACGUUACUAGCGUUCAUCAUGUAGCUGUAAAGAUGUAUGUACAUGUAUGUGUUUGGUGUUGCGUAAAUAAGGAAGUGUACAUGUAUAUAUUUAUCUUGUUCAAUGUAUAUGGUGAUUACCAUGAGUGAAACUAGUAUGCUAACUUUGGGAACUAUUUACAUUUAUCUCCAUAGAUUGUAAACUGAAUUUAUUACAUUUGUCAUUUUGAUUCAUGACUGGAUAUGCCCGUUCAGUAUUUCAAAAAAAGCCAAGGUCUUUUGGGAACAAAAUGAAAGCAUGGUCGUGCUGAUUAGACAGGCUGUGAUGCGCGUGCCUACAUUUAGCUGUUUCUGAAUAACCUCACCCUGGGCAUGCACACUAUUGGAAUACUGAACUGGCUCAUUAAUGUGCAAAUAAUUACAUAAAACAUACUCAAGUUGUAUACGUUAAUUCAAAUACCCUGUAAUGCAGGAAGUGGGCAUAAAUGGCCUGUAAAUAAAUAAUUUAUUCAAGAAGAUAUUUUUUCCUAAAAUAUUCUACCACUUUGCCAGUUGAUGACGUGAGAAAUUUUGAUGUACAUCCCUUACAGAGAAACUUGAGUAGUUUUAGACUGUAUAAGCCUAAAAUUUAUUAGGUUUGGAUUUUAGAUUGGGGUUCACUAGCUGUUAUUUUAUUUUGAUCUCUUCCUACAAAAUCCCCUGUACCUUUUGGCCUUUUAUCCAACCAUCUCACCCUUUCAUUUUGUGCUGCAUUUGUCCAUGCUUGGUUGAUUCCCUGCUUUCUUGUUUGUCUCUGUCUACUUGUCAUUUUGCUUUUGAGAAAGGUUCUGCUAGGAUCGAAACAUCAGGCCCUCCUCUAAUACUUUGUAAUUUGUAUUUUAGGUCACUGUAGCCAGCAAGCACUUUGCAUCAGUUUUGCAUUUAUACAUGUAUCUUCUACAUUAAUCUUGGUUACUUACGUGGAAUUCAAAUGUCUCUGCCUAGGGACAAGAUAGAAAAUACAGAAAUAAGUGCAAAAGGGGCCUUUAGAUUGCCAAACUAAAAAAAUGUUUUAUGUAUAGCAAAUUAAUAUAUAUAUAGAUAGUGACACAGUUUCUUCUGGAUGAACUUGGUUGAAUUUAUAUUUUUAUUUUGGAAAGUUUAGAUCAAAUUUAAGUGUCUUGGCAAUCUGUUAAAAAUGGUAUUUCUAUUUUGAAUAAAACAUGUUUGGUCCGUGUGGGA